UGGAAGCACAGUAGCUGAGCCGAGGGGAUGCGAGUACAGAUGGAAGGGGCUUGAGGGACCGUGGAGGAGAAAAACCUGGGGAUCGUAUUGGAGAUACAGCGGCCGCGGCAGCAGCACACAUAGGCAGGUUCGACACUUCCCAGCCUCCCUUCUGGCUGGGGAGCAGAGGCGCGCGGACGGGGCGCACAAGCGGGUCAACGGGCGCCCAUAGGAUGUCACAUGCAAUAUGCUGCAUUCCCGUUUUCUGAAGCCCGAGAACGCCAAGUUAUCGCCUUUGAUUGAUUAUGCUCGCGGGGAGCGCCUGGUCCGAGGGGAAGCAGAAACUGAAGGAAGCGACCAGGGUUGAUGCUGCGCAUCCCAAAAUCUCCCGAGCUGAAUCCCAGUGAGACCGUGGCUCUUCCCUGCGUGGAUGAGUUGUAAGUGUGUGUGUGUGUGAGAGAGCAAGCGAGCGUCAGCGCUCCCACAUGGCCUCCAUGCAGGACGGGCUGAACUUCACGGCUCCUCCCUACGGCAAGGUCCUGCUGCUGGGUGCUAUCGCUGCUGCCUCAGCCUUUGUUGUCACGAUCCUCAUCGUAGUGCUCUGCGUGGGCUGCCAGAGGAAGGGGAAGACACACAAUGUUCCCGGUGAGGGUGGAAAGCACCGUCUCAUGGACAUGGGUAUACUCAGGCAGUCGAAGCUGCGGUCCAUCAGUAAAUCAGACACUGAGAUGAACAAGAUGAACUGCAAUGGCAAAAGCAGGCAGCUUCCCCAGAUUCCCUCUGGAGAGGACGGAGAGCACACUUACUCUGAAGUGGGUCGAGGCUCCUCCACCACACGUACUGAUGAUGCCCUGUACGCCAUGGUAGGCAGGGCCGGGCAGACGGACACCCCGGCCCCUCCGGCCGUCCCCGCCAACACCCCGGCGCCCCCGGACCCAGACGGUGACGUGGAAGGAGGGAUGCCCGAAACCGAGUCCGAGGUCAUGUCUCCCCCUCACCCUCACCCUCACCCUCCGGAGACGGCCGAGUACGCGUGCGUCAGGAAGCUGAGGAAGGCCGAAAAGGCUCCCCAAAAGAGGGACAGCGGGACAGAUAUGGGGGAGCCGCCGGUGCCGCCUCCACGACACGCCCCGCCGUCACAUCCCGCCCCUCCUCCGCCACACCCGCACAGCACAAAGUUGCCGCGUAGAAAAGUGGACGCCUUCAAUGUCCCGGCAUUCCCAAAGGAAGUGAUGUUUAUGGGCAACGGAGAGCAGUACAUCUGGAAGCCACCAGAGGAUGAGGAGAUGCUCAUGCACCAAAAUAAAGCCCUGGUACCGUUGGGUGCUCACACAGUGGAGAAUAUACAACCAUCUGCUGCUGUGGUGGCUGAGAUGUACUCGAAGGUGUGUAAACCAGGAAAGAAGAAGCGAGCUGUACCCGGGUCUCCCCCAGCCAAUCCUGGCUUCCGGACCUUGGGUCGCGGUGACCGGGACCGAGACCGGGACGGGGGGUUUAGUGUCGUGGUCAAACCCCAGACGUGGGCCCUUCAGGAGGGCAAAGCCAUUGGAGGGCCCCUCGACGACCACUGCUACGAGUCCAUCGGGACAGAGGAGUGCGAUCUGGCCUAUGAGAACAUGGAAGGUGGAGGCGCCUGGAAGAGAGAGAGGCCCCCCAACACGUGUGCCACCCUGCGGCCGAGGAGGAAGAAAGCCCAGCAGCCCUUGCAGCAGCAGCAGCCCCCUCCGCCGCCGCCCACGCAGCAGACCCCCAAGUUACAGCACCUGCCCGCUAAAGCCCUGCUGCUGCCGGGGGAGAACCUGUACGAGAGCAUCGGUGACCUGAAGCAGGGCUCCGCCACCUCCAGCACCACCACCAUCUUCACUUUCAACGACGGCAUGGAGAUGUAUGUGACGGGGCUCUGAGGCGGCGGCUGCACUGUGACUCCCUAACCUUCGAACACAAGGAGCUGAGCUAACGCCCCGAGGAGUGAUGGCUGAGCCCCUGUCAUGCUCACCUGCACAUACUGUUUACAUUCAAGUCAUAACAAAAUGCCUCUCACAGGCUCAUCAGGCCUUGGGGCAAUAAUGUUAAUCUGUUAUGACCUGGGCUGAACACAAAGUCCAAUCUAUAAACCUUAAAAGGAAUCCAAAGGUAGUGAAUAUUAAAUGAGCACAAGACCAUUGCAGAGUGAUCUGUAGGUAACAGUAGCACUUCUAUUUUACUGAUACAUAUGUGCAAAGCACAAUAAAGUAAACAAGCCUAAAUUCUUCCUCAAUUCUAGCGGGUAAAAAAAAAAAGGUCCUAGCAGGACUCCUAUAGGGGCAAGAGGCACUGCAUUGUGUGAAGUAUUUUGGUAGCACUUAUCAUGAACAGGCCUUCCCUGUAGUUGGUCAAGAUGUGAUUCAGGGCGGAAUUUAAAUUAUAUAAAGGAAUGAAUUACUAAUCAAAAUACUUGAAAGCUCAGGGACCAAGAGAAACAAUUAUGAGAGCAUUAUAAUAAAAAUUGCACACAUUUUGCAUUCUUCCUAAAAGCUUCGACUAAUUUUAGAGCAUCAUCGUGUUUAAAAACCGACCGGAUAUUUCACUCGUUUUGUUUCAUCCUACAUGGACUGAACACUGUCUCCACUGCCGUCUGUAAAUUAAGUGUUUUACUUUGUUGAUCCUGUUUCUGCACUUUGCCUGCUACAAGUUGCAUGCUAAAAAAAGUGAGAAAAAAAAAAAUCAAACUUAAAACUAAAAACAAACAAAAAAAUCAAGCACUGUCAUGUGGUACCUCUAUAUGAAUGUUAUUUUUUCUAUCGUCGUUGGUUGUUUAUUUUUUAGUGCGUUGCUUUAUUUCUCUGUAGAGCACAAAGCCAGUGGGAUCGAGGAUGUGUUUGGCUCAGUGGGACUCUUUGCAGCAGAGAGGAGAGUUAAUUUUCCUCUCGCCACACACACGGUACGGAUGAAACAAGACUAAAGAGAGCUGCUCGAGUCCUAAAGGUGGAGACAGUUCACUGCACCGCCCGCUCACAGACCUCCCUCUCUGCUCAGUCCUCACCCACAUCCGUGGACCGUUCAUCUACACAGUCCCUGCCUUGUGGUCAUAUGAACCUGCUUGGGUUUCACCAUAGUGCAGCUUGGAAAGCUACAGUAGAACUGAUGUGUAUUAGCCAAUGUCCCAUCAUCACGCGAUUGAUGAACGCUCCGUCCUCUCUCUGUUAUCAGUGUUAAAAAUAUUGCAAAAAUUUGCAAAAAUGUGAAGCAAAUGGUUUCGCUAAGCAGCAGAGGACAAUGACACUGACGAUUUCAUUUGACCAAAUAUCCCCAGCAAACAAUGUGAUAAUACUGUAUGUUGAUGCAAUGUGUAUGUACAUUACAAAAGAGAAAGAAUAAUAAAUAUAUCAUCAGUGUCAAGAAA